UUUCGCGCUCUGUAAAGUUCUGACGUCACAUCCUGUCAUCCUCAGCCACUCUCUUUCCGGAAGUGCUUCGCACUGUUCUUGUUUCUUCUGUUAAAUAUCACAAGAAAGAUCAGCAAUGGCGGACGCAGCUCCAGCCGCACGCGGUGGUUUUCGUGGUGGUUUUGGAUCCCGUGGCGAUCGUAGAGGAGGAAGAGGACGAGGUCGCGGCCGUGGUCGUGGACGUGGAAAGGAAGACGCCAAGGAAUGGAUUCCAGUGACAAAAUUGGGCCGCCUUGUUCGUGAUGGAAAAAUUCGCACUCUUGAGGAAAUCUAUCAUUUCUCCUUGCCAAUUAAAGAAUUUGAAAUCAUUGAUUUCUUCCUUGGACCAUCGCUUAAGGACGAGGUUCUAAAAAUUAUGCCCGUUCAAAAGCAAACACGUGCCGGUCAACGUACCCGCUUUAAGGCCUUCGUCGCUAUUGGUGAUAGCAACGGUCACAUUGGCUUGGGCGUUAAAUGCUCAAAGGAAGUUGCAACGGCAAUUCGCGGUGCUAUCAUCCUCGCUAAAUUGUCCGUUGUCCCAGUGCGUCUUGGUUAUUGGGGUAAUAAAAUCGGUAAACCCCACACGGUGCCUUGUAAAGUCACUGGAAAAUGUGGAUCAGUGCAGGUACGUUUAAUACCAGCGCCAAGAGGAACGGGAAUUGUUUCGGCUCCAGUUCCAAAGAAACUAUUGCAAAUGGCUGGUAUCGAGGAUUGUUACACAUCAGCAAGGGGUUCUACUUGCACUCUUGGCAAUUUUGCAAAGGCAACUUACGCUGCAAUUGCCAAGACUUAUGCUUACUUGACCCCUGAUCUCUGGAAGGACGUUGCAUUGUCAAAGCCUCCUUAUCAGGAAUUCGCUGACUACUUGUCCAAAGCUCAUCGUCCUAUUCAGGGAUCAAGACCAAAUGAGACUGCUUAAGAUCUUCAUUGUCAUCAUCAUCAUGUUCGAAUAAAUUAAUUUUCGAAACAA